AUGGCGGGCCCCGGCAAAGAGCACCUGUACAAGGUGCUGGUGAUCGGCGACCUGGGGGUGGGCAAGACCUCCAUCAUCCGCCGUUACGUGCACCACACCUUCUCGCACAACUACCGGGCAACCAUCGGCGUCGAUUUCGCGCUGAAAGUGCUGAGGUGGGAGGCCGACGAGACGGUACGCCUGCAGCUGUGGGACAUCGCCGGCCAGGAGCGCUUCGGCAACAUGACGCGGGUGUAUUACCGCGAGGCCACGGGCGCGAUGAUCGUUUGCGACGUCACACGCCCGAGCACCUUUGAGGCGGUGCUCAGGUGGAAGGAGGACCUGGACUCCAAGCUGACGUCAGGGGAUGGUCGAGGCGUCGCCACCGUUCUUCUGGUCAACAAGUGCGAGCAAGGUCGCAAGCUCGCCAACGGCGGACUCAAGAUAGAGCAGUUCUGCAGGGAGCACGGAUUCGCCGGCAUCUUCGAGACCUCCGCCAAGGACAACGUGAACAUAGACGAGGCGGCCAACUUCCUGGUAAAGCAAAUCAUGGCAAGAGAGCACACCUUCCAGAGGCGAAUCGCCGCAUCCGACAGCAUCACGGCGCAACUGGACCCAAAACGCCAUCAGCCCAACGGAUGUGGAUGCUUGAAGUGA